GGGGCGAGGUGUUGGGACAGAGGCAGCGCUUUCAUUUUCUUCCUUGGUAUCAUGGCAGUGAGAGGGCAUGGAGAGAGGAGACUGGGCGAGCGUGGCGCAAGGCGGCACAGUAAAGACCUCUGUGACAACCUUCGAGGCAUCACCAAACCUGCCAUUCGCCGUUUGGCUCGACGAGGUGGGGUCAAGCGUAUUUCUGGCCCAACCUACCAGGAAGAGCGUGGGGUUUUGCAGGUUUUCCUUGAGAAUGUCAUCCGGGAUGCAAUGACCUACACAGAACAUGCGGAUCGCCAGACAGUGGCAGCUCUAGACGUGGUGCAUGCACUGAAACGCCAGGGGCGCGCCUUGUAUGGGUUCGGGGGUUGAAAGAUAAAUGUGAGAAGUGAUUAAAGUACAAUUUGGCAGAGCUACAGGAGAGCAACGUUAAAC